ACCACAUACCGCAUACUCACAGGUCCAUUCGCGGUCUUAUAUCCCACACACCCUAUUUAAUCGCAGCAAUGGCCGCUCCCAUGUCAGCAAUGCGGUCGUUGGGCUGCUGGAACUCAGUCCGUCGCGGAUUGAAGGGUUACGAACUUGGGCGAAAGUCCCUCCACACAAUCUACUCCCCCCCAAAGGAGAAGCUCCCGUUCCCUAAGGACCUGCCACAGCAAUUCAUGCGCCAGAUACCAAAAAUUCAUAGGCCUGACAGAGAGGUCGGAAGGAAGAUAAAGGUCCCACCACCUCCACCAAGCAAAUGCAGGACAACCAAGGAUCCCGUCGCUGCGUUUACAGAGGACCAGCUCGCAAUCUACGACCCGACCGGUGAGCGGAAAGCCAUGUUCGAUAAACGGAAUCCCAAUUGCGUGAGAGUCGGGGACGUCCUGCGAGUUACAUUCAAGACCGGAGACCCAUUCUCGGGUGUAUGCUUGAACAUUCGAUCUAGAGGGUUAGACACGUCUUUCCUGCUACGGAAUAAAUUGACGAGGAUUGGAUGCGAGAUGUGGGUUAAAGUUUUUAGCCCGAACGUUCAGGCUGUUGAAGUUGUACAACGGACGGAGAAGAGGAAGAGACGUGCUAGGUUGACUUAUAUGAGGAAACCGAGGCAUGAUAUGGGAAGCGUUGAGGGUCUUGUUCGUCAAUAUUUGAGAAAUCGGUCGCAGCAGCAAGGAACGUCCGUAUGAGGUUAUGGGGCGUAAGGAUAGGUGAACGUUGUGGGAAUGCUUAUAUUGUGUAUUAUACUCUCUCGUUAUAUGUGGACACCAUUUUCUAUGCUGCUCCCUUUUUGCCGCCGUCUCUCAAAUUUGUGUGUAUGGUACAUGUACAGUACAUUGCUGAAAGUGACUGAUUCAUAGACCUUGGUUUACUUUUAUAUUUUUAUUAGUUUUUGUGGAAAAAUCUCUCCCUCAGCAGCGGUGUGAGUUGAGUUCUCCGGGCAGAGCAAGCAACACAUCCUGGGUAGAAUUUUUGCCGUUUCUAGAAACGUAGGCUUACUCGAGACAACUGAAAACAUACAAGCUUGCAGUGUCAAAUUCCAUAAAGAACGACCUCACUGUGAUGUCACAGGACUUGAGUUUACCGUCCAAUGUAUACCCCCCUCUUCGAAG